AUGGCCGCCGCCGCCUUAGCUCCCGUCGCUGCGGCCGCCGUGGCCGGCGCGUCAACUGCCGCCAUGUACCUCGAUGCCAAAUUCCACAUUUCCAAGGAUCUCCGUUACAUGCGAACCGUGAAGCGCGAGAUCGGCGAGUUCCAAAAGAAAGCCCAGACGAAUCGAAAUUCGCUCUGGUACAACUUCGAAGCGCAGGUUGAGCGGCUGCCGGCGACGGAGCCAUGCCUGUGGUCGCGCGACGGCGGCACCCACACCUGGCGCGACACGCACGCUCAAGCCUGCCGCUACACCGCCUUCCUGCGCGACGCCGGUGUGCGGCCCGGCACGCUCGUCGCCUUCUACCUGCAGAAUAGCGCCGACUUCGUCUUCGCCGUUCUCGGAUCGUGGGGCACCGGCUCGGCGCCCGCCCUCAUCAACUACAACCUUGGCGGGCAGGGCCUGCUACAUUGCCUGCGCAUCAGCGGCGCGCAGGUUCUACUGGUCGACUCGGAUGAGGGCUGCCGGCAGCGCAUCGAGGAGGUCAAGGCCGAGAUCGAGGGCGAGCUGGGUAUGACGAUCGUGGUCGUGGACGAGGAGACGAAGGCGAAGAUCGCAGCGAGGGACCCGAAGAGGCCGGAGGAUGCGUUGAGGGAGGGCGUCAAGCCGACCGAUCCGAUGUGUCUGAUGUACACGAGUGGAUCGACUGGUCUGCCCAAGGCAUGUCCAUUCCCUAAUGGCAACGCGUGGGCCAUUACGAACACGCGUAUUGACGCUUGCGGUCUCAAACCAGGCCCCAAUGGCGACAGAUGGUACGACUGCAUGCCGCUGUAUCACGGCACUGGUUACACUGUUGCUGUAUCCUGCCUUACCACUGGUGUUACCCUUUGUAUCGGCAAGAAGUUCUCCACUACCAACUUCUGGAAAGACGUGAGGGAUAGUGAGGCCACCGCUUUUGUCUACGUCGGCGAGACCGCAAGAUACCUCCUUGCAGCUCCUCCCUCACCCCUCGACAAGCAGCAUCGUGCCAGGGUCAUGUUCGGCAAUGGUCUGCGCCCCGAUGUGUGGAAGAAGUUUAGCGAGCGCUUUGGCAUUGAGACCGUCUGUGAAUUUUUCAACAGCACGGAAGGCACUUUCGGAUUGAUGAAUAUUUCCAAAGGAGAGUUCACACAAGGCGCUGUUGGUCACCACGGAGCACUCUUUCGAUGGCAGCUACGCAACACAUACGUCCCUGUAGAAAUAGAUCACGAGACGGGUGAUAUGUACAGAGACCCCAAGACUGGUUUCGCAAGACGGAAAUCUCUUGAGGAGGGCGGCGAAAUUCUUGUCCAGAUUCCAUCAGAGGCUGCCUUUGUUGGGUAUUGGAAGAACCCUGAAGCAACAAGCAAGAAGUUCGCGCGUGAUGUCUUCCGAAAAGGAGAUCUCUACUACCGCACGGGCGACGCCCUCCGCCGCACCUCGGAUGGACGCUGGUAUUUCAUGGACCGGCUAGGCGACACUUUCCGGUGGAAAUCUGAGAACGUGUCCACGGCCGAGGUUGCUGAGGCGCUCGGCCGCUACCCGGGCGUCCUUGAGGCCAUCGUCUACGGCGUCGAGGUGCCUGGUCACGACGGCCGCGCCGGCUGCGCUGCUCUCCACCUCCCGCCGGAGUCCCGCUCUUCGCCUCAGUUCUACGAUGCGCUUCUGGCGUACGCCCGCAAGACCUUGCCCAAGUACGCAGUGCCGGUUUUCCUACGCAUCACUGCCAAUAUGCAACCCAUGCAUAACAACAAGCAGAACAAGACGCCACUCAAGAAGGAGGGCAUCGACGUGAAGAAGAUCGCCGAGGGAGAGAUGAGCAAAGACAAGAUCCUGUGGCUUCCUGAAUCAUUGAAUAUCAAGGACAGGGGCAAGGGCUAUGUCGAGUUCACGGAGGCAGAUCUGGAAGCACUCAAGGCAGCAGCUGCCUCGCAUACUCACCAGGAGACGGCGCGGCUGUAG